AUGGCGAGUGGUCUUCGCACGCUCGCGCGCGCGACGAUCACCACGCGCGCGCGCCCUUCAAUGCGCGCGUGCGCGUCGAGCGCAGUCGUCGUUCCGACCGCGUUCCGCGUCCAGCGGCGCUCGCCUUUGCACAGAAGCGACGCCAAACCCACCGCUCGCGUCCUCGUCCGCGCGCGCUCGUCGUCCGCGAGCGCUCAGAGUAAAACCAUGCCAUCACCGGGGAAGCGUCACGGCGACCUACCGAAGAACUUCGAGCACGAGCAAGUGGAGGAGGGCUUGUACCGCAUGUGGGAGGAGCGAGGGUACUUCAAGCCGAGAAGCGACGCGCCGGGACCGCCGUUCGUGAUCCCGAUGCCUCCACCGAACGUCACGGGGGCGUUACACAUGGGCCACGCGAUGUUUGUGACGCUGCAGGAUGUGAUGACGCGAAGUGCACGGAUGCGGGGACGUAAGACGCUUUGGUUGCCGGGGACGGACCACGCGGGCAUCGCGACGCAGUUGGUGGUGGAGCGGAAAUUGGAGAGCGAGGGAAAGAAGCGGACGGACAUGACGCGCGAGGAGUUCGUCGAGCGUGUUUGGGAGUGGAAGGCGGAGUACGGUGGACGCAUUCAGCAGCAGAUAAAGAGAUUGGGUGCGUCGUGCGAUUGGUCGCGCGAGCGCUUUACGCUGGAUGAGGGGUUGUCAGAGAGCGUGAUCGAAGCAUUCAUCUCCCUUCACGAGCGGGGAUUGAUUUAUAAAGGGACGUAUAUGGUGAACUGGGCGCCGAAGUUGCAGACAGCGGUGAGCGACCUCGAGGUGGAGUACUCCGAGGAGCCAGGGACGCUGUUUUAUUUCAAGUAUCCAUUAGAGGGAGGCGGCCCGGACGAUUACUUGCCGGUGGCGACGACUCGUCCGGAGACCAUUCUCGGCGAUACGGCGGUUGCGGUGAAUCCGGACGAUGCGCGUUUCAAGAAGUUCAUCGGGAGGCGCUGCGUCGUUCCGUUCACCGGCGGGCGCACUGUGCCUAUCAUCGGCGACUCGUACGUCGACAUGGAGUUCGGUACGGGUGCUUUAAAGAUCACCCCCGGGCACGAUCCGAACGAUUACGAGAUCGGCAAGCGCGUCGGUUUGGACAUGAUCAAUAUUUUGAACAAGGAUGGUACGAUGAACGCGAACUGCGGCAAGUAUACUGGAAUCGAUCGCGCUGACUGCAGAAAGCAACUGUGGGCCGACAUGGAGGCCGAAGGUUUGGCAAUCAAGGCGGAGGCGUACACGAACCGCGUCCCGCGAUCUCAGAGAGGUGGCGAAGUCAUCGAGCCAAUCGUCUCUGAGCAGUGGUUUUGCAAGAUGGAUUCUAUGGCUGAGCCCUCGCUCAAGGCUGUGGAGACAGGCGAACUCACGAUUGUUCCUCAACGUUUUGAAAAGAUUUACAAGUCUUGGCUGACGGACAUCCGGGACUGGUGCAUCUCUCGACAGCUUUGGUGGGGGCACCAGAUUCCCGUGUGGUAUGUCCACGACUCCGCGGAGGACCUCGCCCGCGCCCGCGAGGGCGAGGGCAAGGGUACGAACAAGCGUUACGUCGUCGCUCGCGACGACGCCGAGGCUGAGCAAAAGGCCAAGGCACAAUACGGUGAUCACGUCAUCUUGUACCGCGAAGAGGACGUUUUGGACACGUGGUUUUCGUCUGGGUUGUGGCCGUUUAGCACGUGUGGUUGGCCGAACGAAGAAGCGCCGGACAUGAAGAAUUUUUUCCCCGCGAGCGUGCUUGAGACUGGGCAUGACAUUUUGUUCUUCUGGGUCGCGCGCAUGAUCAUGAUGUCUUACGGCAUGACUGGUAAGCUGCCGUUCCACACCGUGUACCUCCACGGUCUCGUUCGCGACGCGCAAGGGCGGAAAAUGAGUAAAUCCCUCGGAAACGUCGUCGAUCCGCUCGGUGUCAUCUCCGAGCAAGGUUGCGACGCCUUGCGUUUCACCCUGGCCACUGGCACCGCUCCUGGUCAAGAUUUGAAUCUCAACCUCGAGCGCUUAGCGUCGAACAGAAACUUCACGAACAAAAUAUGGAACGCGGGUAAGUUUGUGCUGUACAGUAUGGAGGAGAUGACGGAUGACGAACGAGUGGCCCUCGUCGACGAGGGCGCCGCCCUCUGCGCCGACGCGGCGUCCAUCGCCAAGCUCCCGCUCGCCGAGCGUUGGAUCGUGAGCAAAUUGAACGCCACUGUUGAUCACGUUACCGCGUCUCAAGACAGAUAUGACUUUGGCGAGGCAGGAAGAGCGACUUAUUCGUUCUUCUACGAUUCUAUCGCCGAUUGGUUCAUCGAGGGUGCAAAGAGCCGUCUGUACGGCGGCGACGCCGACGCGGCGCGCGUCACCAAGGCGGUGACGCUGUACGUCCUCGACAGAACGCUCCGGUUACUUCAUCCAUUCGUGCCGUACGUGACCGAAGAGGUUUGGCAGGCGCUACCGCACCGAGGCGAGGCGUUGAUUGGUCAAGAGUGGCCCGCCGUUCAGGCGCCGGUGGACUCCGCCGCGGUAUCCACCUUUGAGAACUUGCAGACCGCGGUGACGCGCAUUCGCAACGCGCGCGCCGAGUACUCCGUUGAGCCAGCGAAGCGUAUUCCGGCGAUCAUAGUUGCCUCAGAUACCGCGGCAAAUGUGGCGUUCGGGUCUGAGUUGAACCUUAUCGCCACCCUCGCUCGAUUGGACGCCGAACAAUCCUCCGUCACGAGCGCUCCGCCGCCCGAGGUCGCGUCGGCACCCGAAAACUACGUGCAAAUCAUCGUGAACGAAAGUUUGGAGGUGUACUUGCCGCUCGCGGGACUCGCGGAUCCGGUCAAGGAGGUUGAGCGUCUCUCAAAGCAAGAGGCCAAGAUGCAAAAGAAUGUUGAAGGAUUGGCCGGUCGCGUGAACUCGCCAAACUUCGCCGACAAGGCUCCUGCGGCUGUCGUGGAGAAGGCGCGCAAAGAGCUAAGCGAGCUGGAAGAGCAGCUGGCCGUCGUCCGCGCGCGUAUCGAGCAAAUGAAGGCGCUCGUUCCCAAGUGA